AUGGCACACGUUGACAUGAGCAUUUCAUCGACCGUGUCUCUGCGGAACGGGAAGAGCCGAAUGCCUAUUCUAGGCUAUGGUGAAUACCAAAUUAGCAAAGCCGAUUGCACUCGAGCAUGCCUCCACGCCCUCUCCGCCGGGUACCGGCACAUUGACACCGCUCAGCUUUACAACAAUGAAGAAGCAGUCGGUGCUGUACUGCAGCAGUCCGGCCUUCCCCGUGAGAAGAUUUUUGUCACAACCAAAAUUCGCUACCCUCGUCUCGGAAAGGGAAAAACACACGAGCGUGCUCUGCAGAGUGUGCAUAGAAUAGACCCUCGUCCAGAGGGCUAUGUGGAUCUGUUCCUCAUACAUUCGCCGGAUGUUCUCAAACCCAAAGGUCGAAGGGAACUCCGGACCGCACUGAAGAAGUUGUACGAGAACGGACGUGCUCGAGCGAUUGGGAUGAGAAGUUAUGCUACGAUUUGGCCGCCGGCUGUGAACCAGAUUUUGUUGCAUCCCUGGACGCAGCAGCGUGAAACGGUGGAGGAUUGCUGUAAGCACGGCAUCGUGCUUCAGGCUUUCAGUCCACUAGCAAGAGGAGUCAGACUCCAAGACCCCACAGUGGCUGAAAUUGCAGCUCGGCUCGCGAAAACUGUGGCUCAGGUUCUAAUCCGUUACUCACUUCAGAAAGGCUGGGCGCCGUUGCCCAAAAGCGAGAACGAGGCACGAAUCAAGGAAAACGCCGACAUAUUUGAUUUCAAUCUGUCGGAGAACGACAUGGCGGUGCUUAACAGCCUAGACCGCGGGCGAAAACCACGUUUCGAGUACCAAAAUCAUGAUGGUUAG